UUUCACUGCACAUUCCUUAUAUUUUCCCUCCCACUUUCCACAUUAUGUAGCCGUCUCUUCUUACACCCCUCUCAAUUCUUUCUUCUUCUUCUUUUUCUCAAACUUGCUUUGCAAAUUGUAUUCAUUUGAGUAUUCAUCAGAGCAAGUAAAGAGUGAAUUAGAUAUCCAGUUCAAAGCUAGAAAUGGUGGGUUGUGGCGUGUACAUUAAGAAGAAAACAGAUUGGCUUAGUACCCUUCUGGAAAGUGAGUUCUUUGGUCCUUGCUUUGAUCAUCAAGACCUAAGAAAAAAUGAAAAAAAUGUCUUUUGCAUCAACUGUUGUCUCGAGUUUUGCCGGCAUUGUAAGGAUCAUAUCCAGCACCGGUCACUUCAGAUCUGCAAAUACGUAUAUCAAGACGUUGUUCGCCUUCAAGAAAUGCAGAAGCAUCUCGACUGCUCCAAAAUUCAGACAUACAAAAUCAAUGGUGAAAAAGCUGUACAUUUGAAUCCAAGGCCUCAAGCUAAAGAUGCCAAGCCAUCAACGAAAUCGAAAGCCGGUGCUGCCUGUGAAGCUUGUAGAAGAUACCUUCAAGACCCACCUAAUCGUUUUUGUUCCAUUGCAUGCAAGGUAUUGGCUGUUGAUGUGAAGCCUAAAGGCCAAAGCCAUAAAAUGGAUUUACAAAUGCAAGAAUUUCGUGAUGUUUCAUGGAAAGACAAUCAGAAUUCGGAAGCAAGUUCGGAGGAAAAGCAGUCUUCACUCUCGUCGACAGAUCUUUCAGAAGAGGAGACAAAAACAUGGGUGCUCAAAAGUUUAAGGCCUCGGAAACAAUUGAACAAAAGGAAAGGAACUCCUCAGAGGGCUCCCCUCAGUUAAUACUCUUAACAAAGGUACAUAAGAAGACAAUAAAAGAACCCAUAGCUAAAAACAGUUGAUAAAAUGAAUGCUCUACAUUGCAAUGGAGUUUGAAGAAAGUGCAGUCACUCUUGAAGAUUAGUUCUCAUUUUGGAAUUUAGUUGGUGUUAGUUGAGAGGGAAGUCCCCACCAUUGCCAUGAUCUGAGAAAGUGCAUUAAUUUUCUUGAGAUUGUACAGCAUAAUAGAAAGAAAAAAAGAUGGUAUAUUUGAUGAUAAGCCAGCAGUGUUUUAAAAUGGAUUUUGAGCUUUGUAUCUACCCCGACAGAUUUGAUUGGAUCUAUUAAUGAUUUUGUUUCUCUUUCGGUGGAAUUUUAUUUUCAUGGUUCAAUAGGAUAUUCUUGAUUACAACCCCAAACAUUUUUUCUUUUAUACUUGAAAUUAUCAUAUUCAUUAA